UCCUAUGCUGAUAAAGCAUGUCAUGCAGUUGAAUGUCGAUCUUUGUUUUAUGAUUUGUAAUUGACAUUUUCUUAUGUCCAACACUCGUUAAGUACUAAUUUAUCUUAAAUAUGCUGAUGAGAGUAUUCGGAAAUCACAAAGUGUGUCGGAAUUGCUUGAGGAGGCUAAGGACCCUGAAUAAGUCUUUCCAGAGAGAGGGGAGUUCGCACAGCUGGAGAUCUGCGUCCGUUCGUUCCACUUUCCUGGACUUCUUCUGUGGGAAGCACGAACACCUGUUUGUACCUUCAUCCUCGAUCAUUGCGAAGAAAGGGGAAGGUUCUUACUUCACGAAUGCAGGAAUGAACCAGUUUAAGCCUAUUUUUCUUAAUGAUGUUGGGGACGGAAGCCCAAUGUCACACUACAGGAGAGUAGCCAACAGCCAGAAAUGUGUUCGGAUUGGAGGAAAGCACAAUGACCUUGAAGAUGUUGGCCAUGACCUUACACAUCACACAUUCUUUGAAAUGCUGGGAAGCUGGUCAUUUGGAGACUACUUCAAAAGAGAAGCGUGUGCCAUGGCUUUGGAACUACUGAGGGAUGUCUACAAGAUCCCCAUGUCAGCACUUUAUUUUACCUAUUUCAAGGGAGACAACUCCCUGCAGUUGGAGGAAGAUUUAGAAACCAGAGAUUUAUGGCUCAGCUUGGGUGUUCACAAGGAGCGGGUUCUACCGUUUGGAAUGAGGGACAAUUUCUGGGACAUGGGGGUGACCGGUCCGUGCGGUCCCUGUACAGAGAUCCACUAUGACCACCACCACUCAGGGAACCGCCUGGUGCCCCACCUAGUGAAUGCCAACAGUCCACAGGUGGUGGAGAUCUGGAACCUCGUCUUCAUGCAGUACAACAGACAACUGGACCAGUCUUUGGUGCCCCUCCUCCAGAGACACGUGGACACAGGCCUGGGUCUGGAGAGACUGACCGCCACCUUACAGAACUCAACCUCUAACUAUGACACUGACCUCUUCACGCCCAUAUUUGAUGCCAUUCAUAAAGACUGUGGAACUCCGCGUUACCAGGGUCGUGUUGGCUCGGAUGACCUUGGGGGUCGGGACAUGGCCUACCGAGUGGUGGCUGACCACAUCCGAAUGUUGUGUGUGUGUCUGUCUGAGGGAAUACUGCCAGAUCGAGUGGACCAGCACGGACACAAGGUGAGGUUGGUGCUGUACCGCUGUCUCCAGUCAGCCAAGGUUCUGGGUGUGAACCCCGGCUACAUCUCCAGCCUAGUGGACAUUAUAGUGGACAGCCUGGGAGGUACAUAUCCAGAGCUACACCAGAGUUGUAAAAUGAUAAAGGAUGUCAUCAAUUCAUCGGAGGACCAUUACUACCACACACUGGAACAAGGCACCAACACUUUCAAAAAGUUCCUCAGAAAAAGAAAGAAGACUGGCCCCAUAUCUGAGUUAGAAUCCGGUGAUUUGUUGUCGGGACAUUAUGGCUAUCCUGUUCCCAUGGAGAUUUUAACAAGUCUGGCACAGCAACAUAAACUGUCCAUACAGAUUCCACAAAGAGGCUCAGAGAAACAGACUGACAAACAGAAGGAACAAGUUUAUGAUCUGAGUCACCUGCAGAGUCUACCACAUACUGAUGACCAUUACAAGUACCUGUAUAAAAGGACGGGGUCAGACUAUGAGUUUCCAGACUUGCCAGAUACCAGUGUAGUGGGAAUUCUCUCUAGACAGUGCGGGGAAUCCGAGGAGUCCCUCCAGUCCGGACAGGAAGCCAGCCUCUUCCUGGAUAAGACCUGCUUCUAUGCAGAGUGUGGGGGACAGAUAGGGGACACGGGAAUUCUCCAAAACGAGACGUCAGUCUUUGUUGUGACUGAUACACAGAGAGUAGGAGAACUCAUUCAGCAUGUUGGUUAUGUAGAGAAAGGGGAGAUAAGAAAAGGUGAUAAACUCACAGCCAGAAUUAAUCAGGAUAGGAGACUUGGUAACAUGAGAGCCCAUACAGCCACUCACCUUCUGAACUGGUCCCUGAGAAAGCUGACCAGUGAUGCUAGACAAAAUGGCUCCCAGGUCGGGGAGGAUCGACUGUAUUUUGAAGUGUUCACGGCAAGAGCGAUGGACACGGUGGCUGAUGUGAAUCAGCUACAGGACGGAGUGCGGGGGCUGAUUGGUCGCGGACUUCCUGUCUCCAGUCAUAGUCUCCCCCUCAGUGAGGCCCAGUCAUUGGACCAUGUUGUCUAUCUACUCAACGAGGUGUACCCUCACACUGUCAAUGUGGUAUCCAUAGAAACAGAGGAGGAAUCUAAGUCUGUGGAGCUGUGUGGUGGAACGCAUGUAUUAAACACCCAGGACAUCGGUGAUUUCUGCAUCGAGAAAUUUAAAGGAGUGGGACAAGGAAGGAAGUGUUUCUACUGCUUCACAGGACAGCUAGCCACUCAAGCACAACAUAAUGGGAAUACACUUCAGAAAAUGAUGAGUAAUUUAGAAAUUGCUGUGAAGACGGAGAGGGGACACCAGAAGUGGGAGGACAUGAUUAAGUCAAUUAACACGAUGAUGUUCAGUGCCGUGUUACCCAAGCUGGAAAGAGAUGAUGUGGAAAAUCGAUUGAAUCAAAUUGAACAUGUGGCUAUGACAAAGCUCAAUGCAUUAAACACUCAAGAACUGCAAAAGGAAAUAAUGAUAAGUAUACGAAAAAUUCGAAGCUGGCUUCAGUUGACCAUAGACUAUGGAAAUACGAAUGUGAUUAAAAAGGCUUUACUCACAACCUCUAUAGACAGACCAGUGGUUGUCAUGAAAUCUGACAGCAAGACGACACAUUUUGGGGUGGCUUUUCCUAAGAAUUGUGAUGCUAAAUUAAAAGAAGAAAUUUUGAAAGUGUUCAGAGACCAUGAUGUCAAACUGAGGCAGCAGAAGAAGACGAUCAAGAUUGAGUUCUGGUGUGUGAAUGUCCACGACCUUGUUAAAAGCGAGGAGAUCCAGUGGGCCUUGUCGGUCCUAUAUUACAGAUCACUGAGGGAAGACUCUAAGACCAGAUAACAAACAGGACACUGAGGGAAGACAUGGAUACAAGAUAACCACCUUGUCUAGAAAUACGUUCGGAUUGAUCAAUUGAACUGUGAUAUUUCAUGAUUUACCAGUAAACCCGAUGAAUGUUUGCCAGUAUCAAGGACAUUGUUUGCCUUUCUAGGUGAAAUAAUCUACCAGUCAUAUAAGUUGUAAAAUUCCAAGAUGUUUUUUUUAUAAUUUGUGUACUUGCAUGCAUAAAAAUAUAUGUACCGGUACAUGCA